AUGGAGGCUCUGCUGGCGCAUUCCUUCGAUUACCUCUCCUCCUACGAGCCCAACAAGAUUCGCAAGGGCCUUCGUCAGGUUGAGGGACUGCUCGCUCAAAUAUGCCUCUCGCGGUCGAAACACUCACCAGCCGAGAAGAGGAGAUCCAUGAUUCCCCUCGGCCAAGCACAGCCUGUGCCAAAAGCAUUUGGUGAAUUAGCAGAAGACCCGGCUUUCAGAGAGUUCUUCAAGCUUCAGGAAGGCUUCCAGUGGAACGUCGCACUGCGCCUCGUAUCAUGUCUAGAACAUCUCCUUGGAAGGGGAAGCAAUGGCACAAACGACCUUCUCAUUAUCUCGACCUUAGAUCUCAUUCAAGGAGUUCUUCUUCUUCAUCCAGCGUCGCGAUCCCUAUUCGCCCGCGAAAUCUACAUGAACAUCCUUCUCGACUUGCUAGACCCGGUUAAUUGCCCAGCCAUCCAGUCGACCACUCUUCUCACCCUAGUCACGGUUCUGCUUGACCAGCCCGCCAACACCCGGACCUUUGAGCUUUUGGAUGGUCUUCUCACGGUGACAUCGCUCUUCAAAAUGCGCUCAACAUCUCGAGAAGUCAAACUCAAAUUAGUCGAGUUUUUAUACUUUUAUCUCAUGCCCGAGACACCCAACAUCCCCACAGUGGCUGCUAGUGCACCGAACACUGCAGUUGGGGGCCUGCAUCGAAGUCCAAGUAAACUUUCAGGAGCUUUUGCUAGAAGUGUUAAUUCAGCAGGUGAAACUCGUGCGGCCCGUGAGACUCGCACGACAGAAGAGAAGCAAAAGUUGCUUGGACGCUACCUAAGCAAUGUUGAGGACUUGGUGGAAGAUCUCAAAGAGACUGCUCCGUUUGGGAGUACCGUUUACUGA